AUGACUUCACCCGUUUACGCCACCACAACAACGACCACCACGACCACGACUACUACCACCAUAAUCUCGAGCAUUCUCUCGUCUUCACCAUCUGGAGCAAGUUCUCAAUCUUGGGAAAUCAUACAAAACACGAUAGCCCAAAAUGUAUUGUAUUUGUUAAACUUGUUGGAGGUCUUACCAGGUGGCCAAAUUAUAGUCCGGUACAUUAAGUCAUCAUAUCAAAAUGAUCCAGUGAGGUCGCUUUUUGAAUACUGUUUGUUCAUUUUUGCAUUGACUUAUUUCUUUACUUCCAAAAAGAAGGAGAAUAAGUCCGAGUUUGUUAAAUUCACCCCACGGGAGAUUGACGAGCUUUGCGAUGAAUGGGUACCGGAAACUUUAGUUGAGCCCGUCACUGACUUGGAAGCUUGGAAGAUCAAGGCAAUUCCUGAGGUGAAAGGUUUCAAUGGAUCGCACAUUGAACUUAUCAACCCUUCGUUCAAAGAGAUUUGUCAUGAUUCCCUGAUUGUUAACCUUGUAAAGCAAGAUUUCCUUGAUUUGAAUAGUAAUGCAAAUAUCAAACAAGUUGCCAAGACAGAAAUUCAAUUUGCUGGUGUUGGUGCUUGUGGACCACCAAAUUUUUAUGGUACUCAAGAUGUACACGUUAGAUUGGAAGAAGACUUGGCUAGAUAUUUGGGAACUGAUCAAGCUAUCAUUUAUGGUCAAGAUUUUGUCACUGCUAGUUCUGUUCUCCCUGCAUAUUUGAAAAGAGGUGAUUUAUGUGUUGUUGAUAGAAACGUCAACCUUGCAAUUCAAAAAGCGUUGAUUGUGAGUCGUGUUGAUCUUGAAUGGUAUGACCACAAUGAUAUGGAGCAUUUGGAACAAAUUUUGACUCAAUUGAAGCCUAUAUUAGAUAAGCAAAAACCACUUAGAAGAAGAUUUAUCAUCACUGAGGGGCUUUUUGCCAAUACCGGAGACCUCGCUAAUUUGCCCACCAUUGUUGAGUUGAAAAACAAGUUUAAAUAUAGAUUAUUUUUAGAUGAAUCCUUGUCUAUUGGAGUUUUAGGAAAUACUGGUAAGGGUUUGACCGAGCAUUAUGGAAUUUCUAGAGAUGAAAUUGCCAUCACCAUUGGAUCAAUGGCCAAUUCAUUUGCAUCAUCUGGUGGAUUCUGUGUUGGUGUUGAACCAAUGAUUCAUCAUCAAAGAAUAUCAUCAAACGCAUACGUUUUCAGUGCUUCAUUGCCUCCAUAUUCGGCCAAAGUCACGUCGCAAGCAAUUAAAGAAAUCAACAUUGUUGAACCAAAGACUGGCAAGUCUAAACUUAUGACGCAACUUCACCAAAGAACAAUUUUUGCCCAUGAUGCACUUCUAUCGAGUUUAAAGGAUGUCCCCAUGACCAUUACUUCUGUGCCACAAUCCCCCAUGAUCCACUUGGCAUUCACUGAAUUGUACAGAUCACAAUUGAACUUGCCGUUGUUGUAUGGAAAUUCAAUUUUUGUAACCAAGGGGAAACCGGCCAAAUUUUUAAAUCCAUUUGAUGAAUAUUUAAACCUUGAAAGUUUCAUGUUGCAAAAGAUUAUUGACUAUGUAUUGAAGCACGGCAAGAUUUUAUUGACAAGAAGUAAGCUUAUCUUGGAGCACGAGGAUUUACCAGUAUUGCCACCUCAAUUACUUGUCAAUAUUAAUGCUGGUGUAUCAGAGGAGGAGUUGCAGAGAUUGGCAGAAGUAUUACCGACAGCCAUUGAUGAAGUUGUCUCCACUGUUACCAAUGAAGACGAACUUUUUGAGUUAACCAACGAACUCAUCAACUAUUGA